AUGAAGUCCUUCAUCGCACCCAUGUCUCUCAUCUCCCUGGCUCUGUCCGCCAUGGGCGACGCCGCCACCGUCCCAGUUAACGACAUCACCCGUCGCGGCACAGAAAUCUGCGACCAGUGGGGCACAACCACCACAGACAAGUUCACCCUCUACAACAACCUCUGGAACCAAGCCAAGGACCCCAACAGCAAGCAACUCGAGCAACGGCAACACCAUCGCAUAGCACACCUCGUUCUCAGCUACGCCAGUGCCGGGCUCAAGUUCACUCCUCAGAUCCUGAGUACUGUUAAGAGCCUCAAGUCCGCCUGGACCUGGAGCUACUCCAACACCAACAUCGUCGCCGAUGUCGCAUACGACUUGUUCCUUAGUUCUACUCCUUCCGGCAGCGAGGAGUACGAGAUUAUGGUGUGGCUUGCUGCCCUCGGUGGUGCCGGCCCCAUCUCCUCCACUGGCAAGGCCAUCGCUACGGUCACUCUCAAUGGUGUCGAGUGGGAUGUCUGGGUCGGUCCUAAUGGUCAGAUGACUGUCUACAGCUUCGUCGCUAAGUCAACCGUUACUGACUUCAGUGGUGAUCUGUUGGACUUCCUUGAUUACCUUGUCAAGGACCAGGGUCUGCCCAACAACAAGUACUUGAAGACUGUGCAGGCUGGCACUGAGCCUUUCACCGGUACUUCUGAGUUGACUGUUUCCAACUACUCGGUUGAGCUUCUGUAA